AUGAUCGCCGCAAAUAUUUCGAUGAAAAACGAGAGCCGCUAUUUCAGAGAGGUCCCUGCUGAACGCGUUCCACACUUUUGUGGCCUUCGCCAACACGACCCAAGCAUGACCAUUGAUGCUCACCGAGUAGCCCUCAUCGCUAUCGGUUCCGUGUCGGUGGCCGCAUUUGUAGCAUGGUACUUUGGGGUAGCCCGGAGAAAGCGCCAAGCAAUUUCGGCAAGAAGAAAAUCAGAAAGAAUAGAAGAAGAACCGGAAUUGGAAUUGGAAGAGAUUCCAAAUGACGUCGAAACAGAAUCUGACGUAGAGCAAGAACAACCCUUGCAAGUUGUCAAAAAUAAAUCCGUCGAAGAAAGACAGCCGCCCGACCAGGAAGAAGAAGAGGAAGAAGAUGAGAAAGUGGAAGAUUCAGAAGAGGAUGAAGCGGAAGUAGAACAAGAAGUAGUUGGACAAAAGCCUGCUGCAAAGCAAGCAGAACAUGUACAAAAUGUAUUUGAAAAACCAAAAUCCGCAAAUCCAAGUCGACAUUCAUCUGUGCUCGAAGCUGAAGAAGAGGAUGAAACGUUGACUAUCGAAAUUCCCGAUAAUGAGACCCCUGAAAACCUCGAAAACGAUCCAUCAGGAGAUCUUGAGGAACAUAUCGAAUCACAAAAAAUACGUCACCAAUCGACAGCCCCUUCAGAAGCGGGUCAUCAGGAGGCGAGCCCAGCGAAUCCUAUUCCUUUAAUGGCAUAUGAUAUCGGCUCUUGGAGCGCAGAAAUGAACGCCGAAGAGCCGAUGGAAAGCGACUCAUCGGUUUUCUACGAGGACCGGAAUAAGAACGGAACUGAGAGUUCAGAUCUGCAGUCGGAGAAUUCGGAGGCUUCAUCAAACGACAGUGGCUGUGCAACAGGUGGUAAAGCAUCAAGCCCAGCCCUUCCUAACGACGACACGAUGAUCCCACAGUACGAGUUCGAAAUCCCGAAUUCCCUUGUUGGCCUCGUCAUUGGCGUCAAAGGAAAAACCAUUAAGGAACUCUCCCAAAGAACAAACGUCAAGAUUUUAAUCAGGCCUCACCAUGCUCAAUCAAAAGCCGACUCAUUCCAAAUUUGCCAGGUGCGCGGUCGUCGCGAGUUAAUCAACAAAUGUUUGUGUAUGCUGAGACGUCGUUUCCCCCCUCAUCGUUUCCCGGAUUUGAAUCUUCAGCCAGUGAUGCCUCCACCAUUGCCCCAGGGCAUGAUGGACCUCCCCCAGAUCUCAUUUCUGAACCUGCCGGAGGGCGUGAUGACGGAAGUGGUCGUAUCGUAUAUGAAGGAUCCCAGCAAUUUCUCGUUACAUCAACCGACGCAUCCAUCUUAUGCGUCGUUGACCAAUUUGGAUAGACGGAUGCUGCAGCUCUACAAGGUUGAAGAUGUCCCUGAAUUACCGAUGCCUUGCAAUUCCGGCACCCUCUGCGUAGCACCAGUUCUGAACGCAUUCUUCCGAGCAGUCGUCAUCGUCUACUACCCAGAUACCGAUGAGGUUCUCGUCCGUUUUGCUGACUAUGGUGGCCACGCCAAGUUGCCGAGGAGGACGUUGAAACAGAUUAGAACGGAUCUGAUUGGUCUCCCACUCCAAGCAACACAAUGUUAUCUAGCAAAUGUACAACCUGCUGAUGGCACAUGGCAAUGGGGCGAGAAGGCUACGGAAUUGUUUAAGGAGAUGACGUCGGGCAAGGUGAUCGAAGCCCAAGUUGUCGGCUAUCACAUUGACGAUCGAGUACCAUGCGUCGAGUUGACAGUUACAUACAACGAGAAAGUGGUCCGAGUCGAUCAAGUGUUGAUGGAGCUGGGCUUGGCAAAGGCGUCCGACCCGUCCAAGAUGAGUCGGUUGAUCUACCGAAAACCAACCUACAGCACCCAC